AUGCCUCCAGACGCUCCGCCAGCCCCUGCGCUGUACCGACGCGAUCUAUAUAAUCGGGAAAUACGUCUGGCUCUUAUCUAUAAUGACAAGUGGCAAGAUCCAAUUUCGUGUGCCUUCAAGUACACCAAGCUCGAGAGUCGUGCGCCGCAAUCUUAUUCAGCGCUGUCCUACGUUUGGGGAUCGUCCCGGGCCACGGAGACUAUUCAAAUCGAUGGACAUGACCAUGAUAUCAGCAUUAAUCUCGCUUGUGCUAUUCGUCAUCUCAGGGAGGAGAGGAAUUCUGUUCUGAUUUGGAUUGAUGCUUUGUGUAUCAACCAAUGCGAUAUUGGUGAAAGAAGUUCCCAAGUUGCAAUGAUGCGUGACAUUUACGCCUCUGCACAACACGUUGUUGUGUUCUUGGGUCAUGGCUCUUACCAUAGGAUCCCUAAGAACUAUGCAACAAAGUGUUUGCUCGCUCCCAUACAAUUCUCGAAUGAUGACCAGGAUGAUUCUUUGAUCACUCUGUUUCGCAAUUCUUGGGAGACGAUGUGCAGACAGGCAGAGUGGUAUUCGUUUUGCACUAUCUGCGUCAUACGAGCCCUAUCAGACAUUGAUAGAUAUAGGGCAACGAUUAGGUGUAUUGCGGAUGGAAAGGCUUCAUCUCGGUUAAAACUGUUUGAACUUGUUCGACGAUUCAUCAACAGUCAAUGGUGGCAGCGUGUGUGGGUUAUUCAAGAGGCCACAGUUACGUCUCAAGUAUUUGUCCAAUAUGGCAAUGUCAAAGUGCCAUGGGUAGUAUUUGCGCACGCAGCAAAUACGUGUGAUGGCUUGGGCUGGGGCCGACAAGAUACAGGAUCUGAGCUAUUCCUAGGCAUCGAAAGAGAGCACGCGAAAGUCCUGCCAGUGCUUUCGAAGCAGAUAUUUGAGAUUGAACGACUACGUAUGGAGUGGGCAGACGGAAAAGAAACUACCCUUCUGUCACUUUUACAGGAGUUCUCAAGCCGCAAGGCCACCGACGACCGAGACAAAGUAUUUGCUCUACUGGGCCUUGCACAGGACAUCAAAACGAUCAAGCCAAAUUAUUUACUGAGCACAGUUCAAGUCUAUCGAAGCACCGUCAUUGAUCUCAUCAAGCACAGUGGCUCGCUGACAGCACUUUCCGGCGACAUGAAAAGGAAAAACAGUGGCGGUAUUCCAUCAUGGAUCCCCGAUUGGAGUGUUGCGAUGGAAGAGCCCGAUCGUCGGCGCAUGCAGCUCGAAGGGACGUACAAGACUUUCUCGCGUUGGCGGAUCGCAUUGAUUGACCGCGAAUACGAGUACUGGGAGACUGUAACAACAGACAUGCAUAGUCUCUACGAAGAGAUAGAAAGCGGGAAAAGGAGACCGAUCCCAGAACGCAUUGUUGAUGGUCUAAUUGCCUACGAGAGGAUUCUGUCAACAAUCCAUGGGUCAGAGUGGAUGAAUAUUGAAAGUCCCGAUCCUCCGACGAGACGAGCCAUCUUUGAUUACUGGAGAUUCUCAGGUGCUGCUCGAUGA